ACACUUGCAUGCAAUUCAUUUGCUUCGGUCUGACCCAACCAAAAAAAAAAAAAAAAGAAAACCCCCUCAAUUCAAGCUCGCUUUAUUAGAGCAAAUACGUUUGGAGUUGGAAAACACACACGAGUCCACCGGCUUUUGUAACAACAAUAAAAAAUGUCAGCACCUAGACUCCUGCUCUCUCGCACCGCCUUCCGCAGCCGGGCCCUCGGCGCCGGCAUUGGCUUGUCCAUAGGGUCCGCGCUGGUAUACAGACAGCCCAUGCUGCGGAUGGAUGCGCGAGCUGUGCCUCGCCCUACGACGCGAGAGGCCGCUGCUACUGCGCCCAAGGAGAGAUUGGACCCUGAGAUCAUCAAGCAGCUCUCUGGUGGAAGCAUCACAGGAUUCCUUACCGGAUUGGUAAUCAGCGUCUUUUCAAAAACGUUGGUGCUACUGCUGGGUGCUUCUAUAGUGGUGGUACAGGUCGCCGCAAGAUACGGCAUAGAUCUCACCAAGCAAAUCAAAUUGAGAGAGCGAAUAGGAAACUCGAAGGUAUUGGCAGCUUUGGAAAAAGACCCGGCCUUUAAGCUGUCAUUUGGCUUCUUUUUCGCCAUGUCUGCCUUUUUGAAGUUUCAGAACUUGUAAGACUGAAUGUUAACUAAAAUGAUACUCAACAUCCACACAACUUGGGCUCG